GCAGCCCCGAGUGAGUCGGGCGGGCCGAGGAACGGUGAGCGGCGCAAGGGGGGCUCGGCGCGGGCGCGUCGGCUUGAUCCAAAUCCCUGUGGUCUCAAAUCUGAAUUGUUGCAACAGCUCCUGGCCGUCCCAGACAGUUCAUCCUGGUACACUGUCUUCUAAUUGUGAUUAUAUAAUGGAAAAUCAAUUGGCUAAAUCCAUUGAAGAACGAACAUUUCAAUACCAGGAUUCCCUUCCAUCACUGCCUGUUCCUUCACUUGAAGAGUCACUGAAAAAAUACCUCGAAUCAGUAAAGCCAUUUGCAAAUGAAGAAGAAUAUAAGAAAACUGAAGAAAUAGUUCAAAAGUUUCAAAAUGGAGUUGGAGAAAAAUUACACCAGAAAUUACUCGCAAGGGCAAAAGCAAAAAGAAAUUGGCUGGAAGAGUGGUGGCUGAAUGUUGCCUAUCUGGAUGUUCGUAUACCAUCACAACUGAAUGUCAACUUUGUGGGUCCUUCUCCCCAUUUUGAACACUACUGGCCGCCCAAGGAAGGCACUUGCUUAGAAAGAGGAAGCAUAAUGCUUUGGCAUAACUUGAACUACUGGCAACUAUUAAGAACAGAAAAAGUGCCUGUUCAUAAGGUUGGAAAUACUCCCCUAGAUAUGAAUCAAUUCCGAAUGCUAUUUUCUACCUGCAAGAUUCCAGGAAUUACUAGAGACUCAAUUGUGAAUUAUUUUCGGACUGAGACUGAAGGUUAUUCUCCAGUUCACAUUGUUGUGUUUUGUCGAGGCCGAGCAUUUGCUUUUGAUAUAAUGCAUGAAGGAGGUUUGAUCACCCCACCAGAGCUUCUCAGACAACUGACGUAUAUCUAUAAGAAGUGCCAUAGUGAACCCAAUGGUCCUGGAGUAGCAGCAUUAACUACUGAGGAGCGAACUCGAUGGGCUAAGGCACGAGAGUAUCUGAUUAGUCUUGAUCCAGAAAACUUGACUUUGUUAGAAAAGAUUCAGAGCAGUUUAUUGGUAUAUUCCAUAGAGGAUGGUAGUCCUUAUGUUACACCGGAAGAUUAUUCUCAGGUACUUGAAAGACUUCUCAUUGGAGAUCCAACAGUACGCUGGGGUGACAAAUCCUAUAACCUGAUUUCCUUUACUAAUGGAGUAUUUGGGUCUAAUUGUGAUCACGCCCCUUUUGAUGCAAUGGUUAUGGUGCACAUCGCUUACUAUGUGGAUGAGAAAAUUUUAGAGACUGAAGGAAGAUGGAAGGGUGUAGCGAAAGAACGGGAUAUACCACUUCCAGAGGAGCUUGUGUUCACUGUGGAUGAGAAAAUACUAACUGACAUCAGCCAAGCAAAAGCCCAGUAUUUCAAAGAGGCAUCUGAUCUACAAAUUGCAGCAUAUGCCUUCACAUCUUUUGGCAAAAGGUUAACCAAGAAGAAGAUGCUUCACCCUGAUACAUUUAUUCAGCUGGCACUUCAGCUAGCCUAUUACAGGCUCCAUGGACGGCCUGGUUGCUGCUAUGAAACAGCCAUGACAAGGUUCUUUUAUCAUGGCCGCACAGAGACGGUGAGGUCAUGCACUGUAGAGGCCGUCAACUGGUGUCAGUCCAUGCAGGACCCUUCUGCCAGUCUUGUUGAGCAACGACAGAGCAUGUUAAAAGCAUUUGCAAAGCAUGAUAAAAUGAUGAAAGAUUGCUCAGCUGGAAAAGGAUUUGACCGGCACCUUUUAGGGCUUCUUCUCAUAGCCAAAGAGGAAGGCCUCCCUGUUCCAGAACUUUUUAAGGAUCCACUUUUCUCUAGAAGUGGAGGAGGUGGAAAUUUUGUUCUCUCAACGAGUCUGGUUGGUUAUCUACGAGUCCAAGGAGUGGUGGUUCCCAUGGUACACAAUGGAUAUGGAUUUUUCUACCACAUCAGAGAUGACAGGUUUGUUGUGGCUUGUACAGCCUGGAAAUCUUGUCCAGAGACCGAUGCAGAAAAGCUAGUUCAGAUGAUUUUUCGUUCUUUCCAUGAUAUGAUACACCUAAUGAACGCUGCUCAUCUCUAGGGUCUAUGCACUUACCAGCUGUAUCAUUGAACUGAGUACUGAAAGAAGGUGGUGAUCCUGGAUAGAGGGGAUGUUGACUUAAAUUUCUCAUGUGUAGAAAUGAUUAGAAUAAUGCUCUCUAACUUUUUUUUCUGCCACUGAAGGUAGAAAUACUUUAAAGCUUCUCAGUGCAGCAGCAAUGCAAAACUAUGAUAUAGCAAAUAGAGAACUAUGCAAUGUGCAAAAUAAGCCUCAACAAUGCAAAUCUAUGAAUUUUAACAAUGCAAAAUUUUAACUUCUAGAUAACUUUGUUGGUACUUGUAUAGGUUACAGGUUCUCGCUGAAGAUCAUUAUCAUUGUUAUGUCUGUCUUUCAAGCACUUUAACAUUUCCUAAUUGCCAAAGGGUAUGAGUACAUAACCGGAUACUGUUUUCCCUGACAUCAGUGCCUUCUACACUCAUCACAUGAAUAUAAGCCUAUUGGGUUUGAUGGGAAAUCACUAUAAUUCAAUGGCUAUCCAAAAUGGUUUAUGGACAGAUAAUUAGAUUGUGGUAGAGGGAUUUACACCUGCUCUCUAUCACACACACACAUGAAAAAUCCUAAAAGCUAUUACGUUCUUGUGAUUAGUUUUAUGAGUGUAACAAUAUCACUGACACUUAAGAAUAAUUUUAGAGAUUUUUAAAAGGUUAAAUUUUGAAUCAGAUUCUCAGGACUUUAAAGUUGUUUCCUUCAUGUUGUUCAACUGUGUAGACUGUAUUCUCAGAAAAUAACCCAAAUCAUAUAUGUGCGUGUGCAUGUGUAUAUAUACAUAUAUAUACAUACAUACUUGUUUUGUGUUUGAAAAAGUGAUUCCUGAUUACUUUGUAUGUCAUGGUCUCAAUUAAAUAUUAUUGUUUAAUAAACAGUCAAAACUUAGAAUCU